AGAUUUAUUGCUUAGCUAUGGUGUUAGAAUUCAGUAUGCUAACUCUAAACGUGGUGUAGCUAUUGCUGAACGUGACCAUCAAGAAUUUGAAAAAUAUGCUUAUUUUCGGCAAGAUGCUGAAGAUUUUCAUUUACCUUUAAGUGAUAGAUCCAGAGCGUGGGUUAAGGGACUUCGUAUAAAUGAUGAUAUUUACAAUAACACUCCUACUCAGUUAAUAGGAAUGUCUCCCCAUGAAGCU